CUCUAACGAUUCUCUCUAAUUGAAUACAGUAAAGUCCUUCGAAGGCGUUUCAGCCAUGACCAUCCUGUCUUUCAGAAUUACAUUAUCCAACGUGUCCUUUGCUUUUGUGAGUCGGUAGUGGGGGGUAUUUAUUCGCAGGUCGAGUAUUUUAUUUAGCUUCUUCGCAAACGACUGCUAUGGCGAAGUACGUCAGCUUUUCCUACACUUCGCAAAUUACUGGAAAAUAUUCAUUUACUGACUCACCAGUUCUGAGAAAUGACCUCUUCAUGCUUUGGUAAUUCUGUUUUAUCUCACACUGAAGACAUCUUGGCAACAAACAUAGAAGGUAUUUAAAUUAGGGGAUGAACCUAAACCGGUUGUCUGCCUAUGGCCGACCAAUCUGAAAGUUAUCUUGGGGGGUCUCGCAGACGAUCACAUCGGCAACAAGGGGGAGACAGAGAAAGUUGCACUAAUACUCCUGACAACACAUUGAAUAAGAAUAGAAGUGGUGGUAAAACUACUGCAAAAGGCUUCCCUAGAGAGACUUCAGAUUCUUCUGACAAAGUACAGAAAAGCAGGAAACGAUUUAACAAAGAAACUAUUGAGGAAUCUGCUUCUGAGUCAGAAUUUUUUGUGGCUGCACAUGCUUACAAGAACCCUAUAGACAGUGGUGGCUUUGGUGCAAAACCCAAACGAAUUAAGUCAAAAAUUCCUGUUCGUACCACUAAAGUAGAUAAUCCUUUGCCUAUUCAGUUAGAGAGCUCAGAGAGCCUCCCACAACCAAGUGGAUCAGGAUCAGCUGUGGAUUCUAGUUAUUCUAAAGCUAUAAAAAAACAAGGAUCACGAAAGAAUUUGCGUUCUGGUUCCCAUUCAGAAAUUUUGCCCACUUCAAGCAUUCGACUUGAUAAUCAGGUAAAAAGCCGAGGGAAAAGGAAACAGACCAAAAAGAGAGAGAGCAACCCAACGUCUUUAACAAGUGAACUUCACUUGAACAACGCUGGUCCAUCCGGUACAAUAAUUGCAGCUGUUACUACUGAAGAAGACAGUUUGGCAGCUGCAGCCGAAGUCCGCCCAAUACCUUCUAAAAAGAUCAGGACUUGUAUUCAAGAUCUGAACAGUGGAAAAGAAGCUUCUCUAUUAAAAGCAUCAUCUAAGAAAACAAGGAGUGGAGUGCCAAACAGAUCAUCUACUUCAAGAAGUGGGGUAAACAGGUUGGACAACGUCCAGUCAGGUCUCAAAGCCAAAAAGACGGGAUCCUGUGCUAGCAGUAGUGGUCGACGUUCCUCGGCUGUAACAAAACGGCAAGGCUUAGGCAGUCACACUAGUGGAAGCAGUGCUGGAGGGACGUCGAGACCGCUUGCCAACAGCCCAAUGUCUCAGGGUCAGAAUACAGAAAAUACUGGCUCAAGUGGAGGAUCCACUGUAGGAGAAAAUGCAGGUGGUUGUGGUGGUGGUGGAGGAGGAGGAGGUGGUAGUGGAGCAGGUGCUACAGCAGGAAACAGAAAUGGUGAGGAGUCAGUACAGUUUUCAAGUACAGCAUCAAGUUCUGCCGGAGCCACUGCAAUGACUUCUGAGAGUGAAUCUGAAGAAUCUGAUAUGGGCAGAUUACAAGCAUUGUUAGAAGCGCGUGGCUUACCAUCCCAUCUCUUUGGAGCCCUUGGUCCACGCAUGCAUCAACUUCUGCACAGAACAAUGGCGGGGGGCACCAUGAACAAAGUGCAACAAUUAUUACAAGGUCUUCAAGCUGUCAAUGAUGAAGGACAGCAGCUGACAGCUGUUAUAGAAAUGUGUCAGCUUCUUGUGAUGGGCAAUGAAGACACUUUGGCAGGCUUUCCUGUGAAACAAGUUGUUCCGGCUUUGAUUACAUUGUUGCAAAUGGACCAUAACUUUGAUAUGAUGAACCAUGCUUGUCGUGCUCUUACCUACAUGAUGGAAGCAUUGCCACGCUCUUCAGCUGUUGUUGUUGAGGCUGUACCUGUGUUUUUAGAGAAAUUACAAGUGAUCCAGUGUAUGGAUGUUGCUGAGCAAGCUCUAACUGCUUUAGAGAUGCUUUCACAAAGGCACAGUAAAUCUAUUUUACAGGCAGCUAAUGGCGGCAUUGCAGCUUGCUUGAUGUAUUUGGAUUUCUUCUCCAUCUCUGCUCAACGAUCAGCAUUAACAAUUACAGCGAAUUGUGUGCAGAAUUUAACAGCUGAUGAAUUUCAUUAUAUAAGAGACUCUUUGCCAUUACUUAGUGCCAGAGUAAAUCACCAAGACAAGAAAUCAGUGGAAAGCUGCUGCCUGUGCUUCUCUCGUCUUGUUGACAACUUUCAACAUGAUCAAAGGAUUUUGAAAGAAAUUGCUGUUCAUGGUCUUCUCACAAAUAUCCAGCAACUACUGGUUGUGAGUCCUCCUAUAAUAAACACAGGAACAUUUGUGAUGGUAAUACGAAUGCUGGCGCUUAUGUGUGGGAGCUGUCCUGAUUUGGCUGUUGUCUUAUUAAAACAGAAAAUAGCUGAAACAUUGUGUUAUUUGCUGGUUGGUUCCUCAGACCAAGCUUCUCAAAGUAUUGAGCUGAUUUCCAGGACACCUCAAGAAUUGUAUGAAAUUGUUUGUUUAAUUGGUGAAUUAAUGCCGAAAUUGCCAUCAGAUGGCAUAUUUUCAAUUGAUUCUAUGUUAAAGAAGGGAUCGUCUGUCAGUGGUGAUGCUGUUAUUUGGCAAUGGAGAGAUGAUCGUGGAAUGUGGCAUCCCUAUGCAUUGAUUGAUAGCAGAAUCAUUGAGGCAGCUCAUCAAUCAGGUGAAGAUGAAGUAAGCCUGUCUACAAUGGGAAGAGCUUAUACAAUUGACUUUAACUCCAUGCAACAAAUCAACGAAGAUACUGGCACAGCACGGCCAGUUCAGAGAAAAGUUAAUUCAUUGGUUGCUAGUUGUAUUCACUCUGCUUCUUCCUCCUCUUCCUCUUCUUCCUCAUCUGAUCCAAAUGUUGAACAAUGUGAUUCCAGAGAGGAAAUAUUAAAAGAAGAUAUAGAUCUUGCCUCUGCAUUUAUUCAAACUCUCUUUGCAGUUUUAUAUGAAGUAUAUAGUUCAUCGGCUGGACCUACUGUGAGACAUAAAUGUCUACAAACAUUGUUGAGAAUGAUCUAUUAUGCUAGCUCAAAUCUUCUCAAAGUUGUCUUGAAGAAUCAACCUGUUUCCAGUCACAUAGCAGCUAUGAUGGCUUCACAAGAUUUAAAGGUAGUUGUUGGUGCCAUACAAAUGGCUGAUGUUCUCAUGCAGAAACUUCCAGACAUAUUCAGCAUUUACUUUAGGCGAGAAGGAGUUAUGCACCAGAUAAAGAAGUUAACAGAAAUCGAAGUCCAAAGUGCAUCUUCUCUUCCAAAAGGCAAUACUGUUGCCCCUGGUUCAGCAUCAGGCUCAAGUUCGAGUCUCAGUAGUAGUAAUGCUGAUGCCAUUGAGCGGAAAGAUUCCUACUUCAGCAUGGUAACAGUAGGAGCUACAGGGGAAUCAGAAGAACACAGUUCUCAAAUACAACUGGAAUUACCCAGAAUCUUCGACAUGGAGCCUGUGGGCAGUGGAUCCCGGGGGCCUUUUUUACGACUUAGUGAUGUCUUGAAGAGGAAGAAGCCAUCAAAGCGUGGACCAACUAAGAAGGGAAAUAAAACUGAUGAUGCUAAUGAUCUCGGAGUAAAAAGUCCCAGUUUGUGUGGGAGCCGAUCAUCUAGUCGUGGAAAAGCUUCAGCCAGUAAAGAAUUUAAAUCUGCCACAUCCACAAAGAGUUCUUUUUUACCAAGUUUGAAUCCAAGAAGCUGGGGGAAACUUGGCAGCUUAAAUGUUGAUAAAGCUAUUCUUACAAAAGAAGGUCCAGUCUCUAAGAUGGUGUCAUCAAAUACAUAUGGUCAUAAAGAAAAGGUGAAAACAUGGAUCAAAGAACAAGCAAUCAGAUUCCUCGACCAGUAUUUCAACUCUGACACCCAUAGCCAUCCUGCUUUAAACAUGUUGAAUCGGUUGUGUUCUGCAACAGACAAUCUUACCAUUGAGGAAGAUAAUGGAAUUCAGGCACUUCAAGAAAUUUGUGAUAUUAUGCGAAGCAGUGAUGUCUCUCCUUUUGAAGUGAUACACAGUGGCCUUGUGAAUAAACUCUUACAAUACCUCACUGCCAACUCUGCAACAGUUGCAAGAGAUGAAAGGAUACGGCGUUUUCUCCACGUGUUCCUCAACUGUCCAGCUCCUGAUUCAGUGUUUGUGAAAGAAAUUGAAGUAAGUGAUCCACCUGCACUUAGUCCAUUGGUCAGUAAACUGAUUGGCUGCCUUCAUCAUUUAGAACAGUUUCAGGUUAAAGUUCAUGAUCUUCCAGGUGGUGUGACAGGCACUGGGAGAGGUUCAAAUGCUCUUAAGUUUUUCAACACACACCAGUUGAAGUGCCAUUUGCAACGACACCCGGAGUGUUCUAAUCUAAAACAGUGGAAAGGAGGACCUGUCAAGAUUGACCCAUUAGCUUUAGUUCAAGCUAUUGAGCGAUAUUUAGUCAUGAGAGGAUAUGGAAGAAUACAGUUGGAGGGUGGAGAUGAUGGCAGUGAUGAAGACAACUCUGAUGAUGAUGAUGUUGAUACCAUGGCUGCCGUAUUCAUCAACCAAGUAACUGCUCGUCAUAAAUUAGAAUUUUUGAUUGGUGAUCACUUAUUACCUUACAAUAUGACUGUGUAUCAAGCAGUGAAACAAUUCAGUCUGCCGACAGAAAAGGAAGGAAGUGAAACUGACACAGAUUCAGAAAACCCAUUUGGCAAUGCAGGAAUCUGGGUUCAAACUCACACAAUAUGGUAUCGGCCUGCUUCUGAACAAGAAGAUGCUGUUGCUGCCACAAGUCCAAAGAAAACUAGAGCCGAGACGAAAAGCUGUAAAUCGUCUGGAAGAAGUCGACGGGGUGAUGAGCUGUGGAAUGAUGGUCUUUGUCCCAAGAUAGUGCCUGCUUUGAAUGCAUACCUCACUGACAAGUUACCUGCCUUUGUUACUGUACAAGAUCUUUCUUUAGAUGUAAUUACACUGCUGAGAGUGCUCCAUGCCUUCAAUAGAUACUGGUCAACCAUGUAUGAAGAGUCUUCCCAACUAUCUCCAAUCCUUUCUCCAACUGAAUUCAUUAGUUCAAAACUCACUGCCAAAGCUAACAGACAGUUACAGGAUCCAUUAGUCAUAAUGACUGGUAAUCUUCCUGUUUGGUUGGCUGAAAUAGCUGCAGCAGCACCAUUCCUUUUUCCCUUUGAUACUCGCCAAAUGCUUUUCUAUGCUACAUCAUUUGAUCGUGACCGAGCAAUGAUGAGGUUACAAGAUAACAAUACUGAUUCUACAACAACAGACACAACUGACCGAGUUGCUCCCCGACUGGAACGGAAAAGGCGUACAGUCAGUCGAGUGGAUAUCUUAAAACAAGCAGAGAAACUCAUGGAUGAGCUGGCUUCCACAAAAGGAUUAUUGGAAAUACAGUAUGAGAAUGAAGUUGGUACAGGAUUGGGACCCACAUUAGAAUUCUAUGCAUUAAUUUCUAAAGAAGUACAAAGAGCAGAUCUUGAUAUGUGGCGAGGCGACAUUGUGAAACAGAUGGAUUUUUCUGGUUCAGGAAGUGAUGUUGAGUAUAUUACAUCUCCUUGUGGUUUGUUUCCUUCUCCACUUGCUCGUAACACCAAAGCUGCUGUUGUCAACAAAAUCAAAGCCAAAUUUAAAUUCUUUGGAAAAUUCUUAGCUAAAGCAUUGAUGGAUUCAAGAAUGAUUGAUGUGCCAAUAAGUCUGGUAUUUUUCAAGUGGAUCUUAGGCCAAGAGCACAGUCUCACAUCCAAAGACAUACAGCAUAUUGAUCCUGUUGUUGCUAGGUCCUUUUAUGAACUCGAAGAUAUUCUCAGGCAGAAAAAAAGAAUAGAAGCGGACCAGUCUCAUACUGAAGAAUCUCGCCAGUUGGCUCUCGACAGUUUGACAAUGGAUGGCUGCACAGUUGAAGAAUUGGAUUUAGAUUUUACCCUUCCAGGUCAUGUAAAUAUUGAAUUAAAAAAGGGUGGCAAGGACAUUCCUGUAACAUUAGAGAACCUAGAAGAAUAUUUACAGCUUGUUGUCCAUUGGAAUCUUGUUGAAGGUGUAUCAAGACAAUUUGAAGCUUUUAAAGAGGGGUUUGAAUCAGUAUUUCCUCUUUCAACUUUACAGUGUUUCUAUCCUGAAGAGCUUGAGCAACUAUUUUGUGGAAGUCGAAGUGAAGUCUGGGAAGUGAAGAUGCUAAUGGAAUGUUGCCGUCCUGACCAUGGUUAUACUCAUGAUAGCAAAGCUGUCAAAUAUUUGUUUGAAAUAUUAAGUUCAUACCUUGGAGAAGACCAACGCCGUUUCUUACAGUUUGUUACUGGCUCUCCAAGACUUCCAGUUGGUGGUUUCCGCAGUUUAAAUCCACCUCUGACUAUUGUACGAAAGACAUUCUCUAAUUCUGAAAACCCUGAUAACUCCCUUCCAUCUGUGAUGACUUGUGUGAAUUAUUUAAAACUUCCGGACUAUUCUUCAGUGGAAGUGAUGCGAGACAAGCUGAACCUUGCUUCACAGGAAGGACAGCUUUCAUUCCACCUAUCUUAAAGUACAGUGCCACUCACGUCCCUAUGAUGGACGAUCUAGAUGGUGAUGACCCAACAGCAGUUUGCACUGACAAAGAAAUAAGAAAAGAAAAAAAAAAAACCCCACAGAAUUAAACAAAAAAAAAAACAAAUCAAAAAUCAAACAAAAACUGACAACAGGAAAAAAAGGAAAUCAACUGCCACCAUCUGACUGGCAGAAGAUCAUUCCAAGGACAUGUACCAGGUUGAAAGAAACAUUUUUUUUAUCUUUUCAGUAAUUCUGGUAAAUGACUGGUGAGUGUAGAUGGUGAUCAAAAACCAUUCCUAAACUUAUUUUAACAUUUAUCUAGAAAAUUUCGCCUUAUAUGCUUUGUGAGGGAGAGUGCAAAUGUUCAUGACAGAUAAACUGGUACAAAUAUCUCCAAGUUUGCCAACAAAAUGUAUAGACAUGAUUUGACCAGUUGCCACGAUGCAUCUAUACAUUCAUUCUUAGGACUCAACACACGGCUAAUGUGUGAAGGAUUGACAUUUGUAAAAUAUUGACAUGAGUGGCGUUUGUGGCCCCCCCCUAUCUCCCCGGGACUAGAUGUCUAAAAAAAAAAAAAAUAUAAAAUAAAAUAAAAAUUGGCUAACAAGUUGUAGCCAUGCUGUUUGUGCUUGAUAUGUUUGUACUGAAAUAAUAAAGUUAUAAAGUUA